GCUGCCAUUUCAGUUAUCACUGACGUACCGCGCUGCGUGUGUUAUGACGGAGACAGUGCAGCCGCAGCAGAAGAGCCUUACUUUUGUGCUUGAAAAGGAGUUAUUCUGAAAUGUGCCCGAUUUCAUGAUUCAAGUGGUCUGAAGUGUAAAACGGCCUUCAAGAAUCAAGAUGAUGAGCGAUUCGCUGGCAGCUAUUAACGUUGACCAGCUGAGCAAUGCUGUCAGUGCUGUGGUGAAUGGCACCCCAGGACAGUCUCACAAUGCUGGAUCCACAUCACAAGUACAGAGUGCCAUGAACCUGCAGAUGCCAGCCAGCAAUCCUGUGUCGGUCCCUAAUGCGGUCAUGGUCCAAGUAGACAGGCAGCUGUUGAGUCAACUGGCGCUUCCCCCUGCCGUGUCGGCAGUUGAGGUGUCCACAGUUGACAGCGCACUGCUGCAAAAUUCAGGUGGUUUUCAAAGUGGUAACUCUCAGCAAGAGAACAGAAUGGUGCAGUCAGCCAGUGGACCCCCCACCACACCCCAGAGCACUGCGCUGACAACCCAAAUGAUGGGCCAGGCUGCCUCGACCAGCAGACAGCCAGCCUCCUCAAUUCAGAACGUCGCCCUGAUGAAUGCUGUUCAGAUGUUGGGUGCUCCCACUGCCAACGUCAACGGAGCCCCCGCCUUGACCCAGAACACACCCUCAAAUCAAGUGGUGGGCACGCAGAUGAUGAUCCCUUCCAUCCUCACCAGUAUGGUGCCUGCUGUCACGACCCAGAGCAUCUCCCAGAGCUCCUUGCUGGGCUCACCCUUGGUGUUGGCAAGAGAUGGAGGAGCGGGGACAGGGCUCGCCAAUACUUUUAUGGCAAAGCAGGGAGGGGAACAGAUGCUAUUCAACAUCCAGCCUGAAAUGCCCAGGGGGAGUAACAGCACCAACAGUAACAACAACAUAUUGCAGUUGGUGCCCAUCAACAAUGGCAGUGGUGGUCUUUCAAACCACCAGCAAGCAAACUCAAACCCCAUGAUCAACAUGAGCAUUGCCAUCCAUCUCCCGUCCCAGGGUAACCAAGAUAACAAGGACCCUGGCAAUGGCCAGAAGCAGGCCAGAACCAUCCCCUUGUCUCAGCUGAUGACGGGCCAGCCAAUCCCGGUCUCCCAAAUCACGGGGCCCAUCCAGAUGGCCCUGGAGCAGGGACAAGAUCGAGGGUCCAUCUCCUCUGGUAAUGUGCUCCCUGCUCCGCAGUUUAACAGCAGUGUCCAAGGUGUGGUGUCUGCCUCGCAGGUGACUGGUCAGGUUACGAGGAGCGCAGUCCAGUCACCAAUGUCAGUUCCCCUGUCUCAGCUUGCUGUCGCCCAGGCCGUUCCUGUCUCCCAAAUAGCUACCCGUCUUUCUGAUUGUUCGUCCCAAGGUGGCUCAUCCCUUCCGAGCAACUCGGCCUCUCAGCACAUUCAAAUUCCUCAUUCUGUCCUGCAGUCGUUCCCACCGAACUCCGUCAAUGCGCCAUCCUUUGUUGCCAAUACCACGAUGCAAGCCCUGACCACUGCAUCACAAAUUACCAUGCCAACUCCCACGCCAGCCCAAGCUCCAGUUGUCAUGAUGGGCCAGGAGAUGCAGGGCAAACCCUAUUGGAAUCUCCAGUCACUGGAGCACGGCUCGCAGCUCACCUCAGACUUAACCUCAAGCCUGACCACAUCCUUGACGGCCCAAGCCCUAGAUGGGCCCUCCAUCGCACCGAUCUCCAAGAGCAAGGCGCCCAAGCAGGUUGAGAUGGGCCUUGGCAUGUUGUCCAUAUCACCAGACGGACUGGUCUCAAGCAUGAAUGCUGACGACAUGGCAACUUUGGAUCUGGGGGCAACUGAGUCCAUUGAAAAUCUCACCCUGCCAUUGGAAGAGGAAGCAUCAAACAUAUGGUGUAUUGAAUGCAACCACUACAAUCCCACCACCUGCACCACUCACGGACCACCUACGUUCAUUCCCGAUGCCGAGAUACCCUGCCGGGCCAAGCUGACACUGCCCAACAUGCUGAAGUUAUCCGAGUCGUUGACCAAUCGCAAAAACAUCCGAUGUGGUGUCAUUGCCGUGGAGAACAUCCAACAACGCUGCCAGUUUGGCCCUCUCGUUGGUAAAGUCAUCAACAAGAGCGAUGAUAUUCUGGAAGCAGAUUCAAACAGGAUUUGGAAAAUCUUCCGCAAUGGCAUUGUUAGCCAUUUUAUAGAUGUUUCUGAUGAGAACCAGUCCAACUGGAUGAGAUAUGUCAGGCUCGCCAGCCGAACACAAGAACAGAACGUUGUGGUCCACCAGAGUGGAGGAAACAUUUACUUCACCACCAACAAACAAAUCACAAUGGGGGAAGAGUUGAGGGCGUGGUACAGCCAAGACUAUGCCCGUUGGUUCGGGGUUCCUGACAAGCCAGGCUCUUCCUUCCACUGCACCCAGUGCCCUAUGCAGUUCCUGCAGCGCCGACAGCUGUCACAGCACCUUGGCUUCAAGCACCCAGACAUGGCCUCCCGGCGCUACAAGUGCUCUCUCUGCCCGCGGGCCUUCGUCUCCAGCACUAAGCUGCAGCUGCACAUGCUGACCCACAUGGGUCUCAAGCCCUACAAGUGCAGCCACUGUGGCAAGCAGUUCUCUGACCCCAGUAACCUGCGCAUCCACUCCCGGAUCCAUACCGAAGAGAAGAGGUUCAUUUGUGACAUUUGUCAGAAGGCCUUCCGCCAGAAGAUCCAUCUAAUCUCCCACAUGACAACCCACACUGGAGAGAAACGCUUGAAAUGCCCCUACUGUGAGCUGACGUUUUCCACCCACUCGACGCUCACCCAGCACAGGCACUCCCAUGACACCGGCAAAGAGUUGCGGUGUGAGAAAUGCGAUCGCAAGUUCAAGACCUACCGGAUUCUUCAGAAGCACAUCAAGACCCACUCCUCACAACGCAACUUUAAGUGUGCGUCCUGCAGCAAGGCUUUCUACACCCGCUACCAUGCCAAGCGGCACCACCAGAAGUGCAGGGGACUGCCGGAGGAGCGAGGUAAGAAGAGAGACGAGAGGCGAGAAGAGGGUAAAGACGGGGAGAAGAAAGCCAGAAGGCGGAGAGGGCGACCUGCAAGGCAUCCGAGGCACACCUCAGAGGAAUCAACGCCAGACCCAGUGGAGACCUGCACUGUCACCAGCAGCACCGAUACCCGGCCCUACAAGGGGAGGAACACGGAGCAUGCCCUGAUGGGCCCAAGAGAGGGUCAUCCAGGGAGAGCUGACCGAGAGGAACUGCCCCAAGAUGGCACAAGGGGCUUACCUGGGGAAAGUGUCAGGAUGCAGAGGGGGGCUUUUGGUGAUGGGCCUAGUUUGGAUUAUUUUGACGGUGGUGGUGUCUUGAGCUUGUCAAAUAUUGAGGCUGGAGUGUCCUCUGCUGAGUUAGAUCAGUUGCCUGAACAGCAGAAAUAUGAUCAUAGACGGAACAAGUCGAGGAGAGCUGCCAGUUUGAGGGGUUGUUCUGUGAGUGAUGGCACCCGCCAUGACGGGAGACCUGUCCGACUGAGGAAAAAACCCAAGAGAUACUCCCCCGAAGAGGACAAUUCUCCAGAUAAACGUGGGCUCUCCGGCAGUGGCCAACAGACGAGGGGCAGAAAGCGUGGCAUCUUCAAUUUCAACAUCGUCGGAACACCAGCACCCAGUGGAGAAACGAACCCAACAGACCAAAGAUUUCAAAGGGGGACCAGCAAUGACUCAAAUCCCCAGCCUGGUAACAGCCUGGAAACCUCCCUCUUCAACUCCAGUCAUACCCUUGAAUCAAAUAUUCUUGAAGACUGCGGAGAUGCCAGGGGGAGUCCUUCUACCUCCUUCUCAGAGCUGAUGGAGGGCGGUAGCCUCCAGAAUGCCAGCUGGCCCACAUCUGCUGGGAUAAGUGCUCUCGACAAUACCCCCAGGGCAGUGGAGCCAAGCACAUCAGACCCAGUUGGGAUGUUGCCAGGAAGGAUUGGGCAGUCACUGUCAGCAACAGCAGCCCCACAGACAUCAUCAUCUGUACCACAAACAGCGGAAACUGACUCAGCCCUGCAAAUGGCAAGUUCCCUCUAUGCAACCACUUCAUCAUCCCUGGCAACAAGUUCAGUGUCGAUGCAGAUAAGGCGAGAGCUGACGAGUGAUAUGGAGGCCAACGACCAGUGCGACGAUGAAGAAAGGGCAGGAACAGUCAACGAUCAUGUUGAAGAAUAGUGUAAUUACGCGUAACACACAUAGGUGUUUAGUCGACUGCAGAAGACUACUUGGACCUGAUGGCUUGGAGUUACUAUGAAAGCAGUGCCCAGUGCUCCAUUCAUGCCAACAUGUUUGCUCUGAUUUGUGUGUUUAUAGAGUCAAAGAUCGUGCAAAAGAAGUUUUGGAAAUUGCUUAUGUAAAAAAGCUCUCCCUUAACCGUAACAGUCCUCCAACAGGUGAAGGAUUGAGGACUGUUAGGGUUAAUGGUUUUCUCUGUACAAAGGAACUCCUUGUAAAGUUGUCAAAAGUACAUGUAUACCUCUAAAGUGUGAUGUCAGUUUGAACGAGGAAGUAGAAGUACAUGUAUAGCGCAAACGCAUGGAUUACAUAUACAUGUACAUGCAUAACUUGGUUCUUGCACUGUAACACAUACACAUAAUCGUUUGUGUAACAUAUUCACUUCAGUGCUUUAUACAUUUAAGGGUAAAAUUAGGGACACAAUUUUACAUCAAAAGCAAGAAUAGUUUGACUGCUCUGUGCAUUAAUAUCGUUGGCAUUAUCUAAUAGCCGUACAGGCUAGGUACAUUAAAAUCGCUAUCACAAUAUGAAGGGGUAUAAUUCAUGGCACCACGCGGUCUUUGUGAAGAGGAUUACAUGCAUAUCUGUUGAUUUAUUCAAAGAGUCGGGUGUUACAUAUCCACAGGUGAUCAUUGACAGUUCUAUUUGUUAACCACUUGCCUCUGGGGUUCCCGGUACCAGGUACCUUGGGAACAAUCAUUUGUGUAGGUGUAAACAUCCAGUAAAUGAAGUUAUGAAGAAUUUUGAAUAAGGAAAAUCUUGAAAAUCGCCCAGGAACUUAUCCCCCAUAUGCAAAUUCCACCUGGCAGGCAGUGGUUAAAACUGUUAGUCCUCAGAACGGUUCCAUAGCGGGAAAAACUUACAUGUUUAGCAAGAGAACAGCCUGUCAGUGCUGCAUUAACUUUUCCAGGAUUGAUGACAGUAGCAUUUGUUAAAAUCUUAAACCUUCAGGUCUCAACUAAGGACCAUACCUUUCACAGUGAACAUAUUUAUAUGUGUAUUUACAUUUAUCUGGAAAGGUUAAUUUAAGAGGAUAAACUGAUAAAAUCCUCAGACAAAUGCUGCAGUUUUAUUUUUACCAAGAUUUUCAAAAUUCUUUGGGAUUUGUGGGAUUUCC